CAUUCUCAAUCCCAUUAUGUUUCAUCAAAAAUUAAAGCAUAGUUUCCUAUACAACUCUUUAACUAAGUUUCUCUUUAAGCAUUUUCUUUCUAUUCCUAUUAUGGCCACUGUUGAGGUUGUAUCUGCAAAGACUGCACUCUCGGACGACACCACCGGGUUAUUAUUGAAAUCUGAUGAGAAAACCACUGAAGAAGUUCUUGAGAGUCCAAUUGCACCAGCAGCAUCAGAAACCAAUGAAGAAAAAGAAGAAGAAGCUGUAGUAGAAUCUUCAGCUGCAGAAGCAAAAGUACCUGUGAUUGAAUCUGAAACUAAAGAGGUGGUAGAAGAAACUGUGACUGUGAAACACACAGAAGAGGAAACAAAGAAGGAAGAAGAAACUGAGAAAGAGGAACCUGUUGAGGAAACAAAAGAAAAUGCUGAUUCUGUUGUUGAUGUUAUUCAGGAACCACCAACUGCAGAAUCUGAGACAGUAAAAAAUGUUGUUAAGGAUGAGAAUGUGAUAGAUGAGCCUGAAACUAAGGACAGUGUUAACACAGAAGAAGCACCAAAAGAGAAAGCCGAGGAGAACGUUGAGAAAGAAGAAGCCAUAGAUGAAAAGAAAGAGGAGGAAGUGAUCACCAACAGUGAGGCAGAAAUAGAGAAGAGUGAGUAAGGAAAAAUGUGAAGUAUAUGAAACUGUUUAAGUUUCAUGUGUUGUUGUUGAAUGUGUUUUUGUUGUUACUUGUUUGUUAGUGGUGUAAUAAAAUAGCUAUAGUAUUACUACUAGUAGCUAAAUCUAAAUGCAUGUUGCUAUGUGUGUGAUUCUGCAUAAUUGUUUUGUAUGGUAAUCUGUUCAAAUAAAUAUUUAGAUUAUUUGUA